CUUUUUUUUUUUACCUCUAACCAAAUGCGCUAUAUUAGUGUGCAUCUCACUUCUGUUUCCAGCAGUGUGAAGUUUCUCUCGUGUUCCCAGCCGUGUCUCGCCAGUGCCCUUCUCACCCCUGAAGAUGAAGCUGAAAGGAGUUUAUGCACUGAAACGACCUCAGGAAAACCCAAGAUGGCCGCCAAAAGGAAAGGUGGCCUAAAACUUAAUGCUAUCUGUGCCAAGCUGAGCCGCCAGGUGGUGUUCGACAGCAGCUCCCAGAAUGCAGAGGGAGACCAGAGUGUAGCAGAAAACAGUGAGCGUGGCAGCUCCAACUACGACGACAAUGAGACCAACUUCCCCGAGAGCCUGAAUCUAAGCCAGAGUCUAGAGGAGGACCAGAAGAGACGCGAGGCCAUCGAGAAGUGGGUCAACGGCGAGUAUGGCGAAGAGCCACCAGCUCCCGAUGAUGAACACGAGCAUGAACUCAAAGUCAGCAAUGACGAAGAUGGCCCUCCUGAGGGCGUGUACAUGGUACAGCCCAAAGGCUGCAGCGAUGACGAAGACAAUGCAGAGGAGGCUGAGGCUGGGGCGGGGUCUCAGGACGGCAGUUACCAUGACGACAAAGAGGCCGAAGAGAGGCCUUCAAAAGAGGAGACCUUCAUACCACCAAGUGAGGCCCAGAGUCGCCAGGCACCUUUCUCCUCCCCAGGUGAAGCAUCUGCCCUGCGAGACUAUGCAGCUAACACCAUGAAUGAGUUUUUGGGAAUGUUUGGUUAUGAUGACCAGCAAGUAAGGGAUGAGCUGACCAAGAAGAUCAGCUUUGAGAAGCUCAAAGCCGCUACCUCAGACCCCUCAUCCCUCAGCAGUGAGGAGGCCUCACGGCGUGCCCGUUUCUCUAAGUACGAAGAGUACAUUCGUAAGCUAAAAGCCGGAGAGACCCUACCUUGGCCCAUGCAUGCUUCCCCACCCAAACCAGACGACCUCAACGUAAAACUGACCCAAGACAAGAGUGCUAUGAUGCUCCAGACCUCGGGGUGCGUCCCAGGGGCAGAGGCACAGAUCUACCCCUCCAGCCUGGACCACAAACAGCAAGGAGGACCUCAGCUGGGCACUUCUCAGCCACCCAAUCCCUCUCACAUGCAGAACAUGACAUCCCGAGCCUCCAAGUAUGACUUCUUCAUUCAGAAGCUCAAGAUGGGCGAGAGUCUGCAGCAGCAGAACGGUAAUGCUUACAAGCGACCCUCUAAGUAUGACCUGGAGAACGUGAAGUUUCUGCACCUCUUCAAGCCUGGUGAAGGCAACCCUGACAUGGGCGGUGCCAUCGCCUUCAAGACUGGCAAAGUGGGCCGCCCUUCGAAGUAUGACGUCAGAACAAUUCAGAAACUGAUGCCAGGAACUCCUGAAGCCUCUCUGAUGCCCAAUGUCCUCGCCACAGCGCCGGGGAACCCAGGAGUUCCCGGUGUUCCCACAGUAGGUGCAGCCGGGGCCAGCAUCACACCAGGACUCACAAUGGACCAGACAGGACACAUGAGCUUCAACAGCUCUGACUACCUGAAGUCCAGCUUUUCCAAGACUGACUCCAUCACCACAGGCACCGUGUCCUCUGUGAAAAAUGGCCUGCCACCAGAUAAACCCGCUGGCGAAGACAUCAACCUCUACCAGAAAUAUAUUGCCAGGUUCUCUGGAAGUCAACACUGUGGGCAUGUGCACUGUGCCUACCAGUAUAGAGAGCAUUACCACUGCAUGGACCCUGACUGUAACUACCAGGUGAGCCGGUUUACCAGUAAGCAGGAUGUGAUCAGGCACUACAACAUGCACAAGAAGAGGGACAACUCUCUGCAGCAUGGAUUCAUGCGCUUCAGCCCUCUGGACGACUGCAGUGUCUACUACCACGGCUGCCACCUCAAUGGAAAAAGCACCCAUUACCAUUGCAUGCAGGUGGGCUGCAGCAAGGUGUACACUAGCACCUCAGACGUCAUGACCCAUGAAAACUUCCACAAAAAGAACGCCCAGCUGAUCAACGACGGCUUCCAGAGGUUUCGAGCCACUGAGGACUGUGGCACCGUUGGGUGUCAAUUCUAUGGGCAGAAGACUACGCACUUCCACUGCAGGCGCCCAGGCUGCACCUUCACCUUCAAAAACAAGUGUGACAUUGAGAAGCACAAGAGCUACCACAUUAAGGAUGACGCCUAUGCCAAAGACGGCUUCAAGAAGUUUUACAAAUACGAGGAGUGCAAGUACGAAGGCUGCGUGUACAGCAAAGCCACCAACCACUUCCACUGCAUCCGUUCAGGCUGCGGCUUCACCUUUACCUCCACCAGCCAGAUGACCUCCCACAAGCGCAAACACGAGCGCCGGCACAUCCGUUCCACAGGCGUCAUGGGCCUCUCUUCCGCCUAUCUGCCACCAAAGGAUGACCAGGAUGAUUCGAGCAAUGAUGACCUGAUGGAUUUCUCAGCCAUCAGCAGCAAAAAUUCAAGCCUGAGUGCCUCGCCUACGACCCAACAGUCCACCACUGUACCACACCUGUUGGCCACGCCCACCACUGCAGUCUCCUCAUGCACAGCAGGCCCAGCCAUCAAGCCUACACCCUCACUGGCCAGUGCGGGCCAACGCAUGUCCAGCCUGCUGUCCCAGGCCCUUCCCAGCAACAUGCCAGUGGCCCUUGCCCUCUCCAAUAGCGCUCUGGCCUCCAACCCCUUCUUCCCUCUCAUGACCCCCAGGCUGCCUCUGCAACCACCAACACCGGCCGCUAGCCUGAUGUCAAUUGCAUCCUCUGGGGCCCACUCUAUGCCCACCGACUCACUAACCCAAGGUAGCUCCUCAGCAGGGGCAGAUGGAGCCAUGGCGUCCACCCCAACCUCCUUCGCCACCUCCUCCAUCAUGGAGAAGAUCUCGGCCAGUAAAGGCCUGAUAUCGCCCAUGAUGGCAAGACUGGCAGCUGCUGCCCUGAAGCCCUCCAACAACCCAGAUGCAGGGAAUGGGCAGCCGGCUUCAGCCAGCCAGUUCAAUCUGGUUCAAGUGAAACAGGAGCCAGUGGACGGCAACUGUGGGACCUCCCAGGACUCCACGCAGGAGCACAGCCUGGACCUGAGCAAGAAAGACCACAGUAAUGAAUCAAACGGACACCCUGUACCAGGGAAUACAUCUCUUUUAUCCUCGCUUAUGAAUAAGAUGUCACAGGUGAACCCUGCUCUCUUCAACGCCAUGAACCUGAAGACAGAGCUGGAGCAGGGCAGUGACCCCUCAGAGGCGGCACAGUAUCUGAACAGAGAGCUGAAGAGGCCCCUUCUAGAAAAACCCACUGAGAUCUGGAGGACAUACCUCCGCAGGUUUGACACGGACGACUUCUGUGAGGCUCAGUGUGACUUCCUUCACAAAGUCCACUUCCACUGCGUGGUGGAAGACUGUGGCGCGCUCUUCAGCACUGUGGACGGAGCCAUAAAACAUGCUAAUUUCCACCUCCGAGCCACCUUGAAAAUCAAGUCAGAGUCUCAGUUUGGCGAGGGCAAGGAGUCCAGUGAGGGAGCCCCUCUGCAGCCUGCUGCACCAGUGUCUAUGGCCAACAACACCUCCAUGGAUGUGGCACACCUCACCUCCUCUGGUGGCUACAGCUCUCCUCCUCCCUCCCUUCUUGCCUGGAAGCAGCUGACUGGCACGAUCCCUCAGAUGUCGGCCUCAAUGCCCAGCCUGCCAGCGAACUCCCCUCUGGCCACCACCUCCUUAGAGAAUGCGAAGCCUCAAGUCAAACCUGGUUUCCUGCAAUUCCAAGAAAAUGAUCCCUGUUUAGCUACCGACUGUAAGUACUCAAACAAGUUCCACUUCCAUUGCUUGUUUGGGAAUUGCAAGUAUGUGUGCAAGACCUCUGGCAAGGCCGAGUCCCACUGUUUGGACCACAUCAACCCCAGCAACAACUUGGUCAACAUUCGCGAUCAGUUCGCCUACUACUCUCUCCAGUGUCUCUGUCCCAACCAGCACUGCGAGUUCAGAAUGAGGGGCCAUUAUCACUGUCUGCGGCCUGGCUGCUUCUUUGUCACUAACAUCACCACCAAGCUGCCGUGGCACAUCAAGAAGCACGAGAAGGCCGAGCGCCGCGCCGCCAACGGCUUCAAAUAUUUUACCAAGAGGGAGGAGUGUGGGAGGCUGGGUUGCAAGUAUAACCAAGUCAACAGCCACUUCCACUGCAUCCGCGAGGGUUGCCAGUUCUCCUUCCUGCUGAAGCACCAGAUGACAUCACAUGCACGCAAACACAUGAGGCGGAUGUUGGGGAAGAAUUUUGACAGAGUCCCAUCCCAGGUGAUGCCUCUCGGACAGAGGGCAGAUGAGAUGCAGCAUGCGUCUGGCAUGGUGUCUGGGUCCAUGGCGAACCAGGGUGGCUUCACAUCCAACUUCUCCAGUGUCAUGGAUGAGACUGAUGAUUACAUGGACUACAUGGGAGGAGGAGGCAGCCCCUUGGGCCUCUCCUCUGAGUCCUCAAACCAGGACCGCAGUUGUACAAGCACACCAGUGGGCAAUGAUAGUUCUCCAGCAGGCAAUACCAUCUCCAUCCCCACGGCCACUGGUGCAAAAAAGCGCUUCUGGAUCAUCGAGGACAUGUCACCAUUUGGCAAGCGCCGCAAGACCGCAUCGUCACGCAAGAUGCUGGAUGAAGGGAUGAUGCUGGAGGGCUUCCGGCGCUAUGACCUCUAUGAGAACUGCAAGGACUCAAGUUGCCAGUUUUCUCUGAAGGUGACCCACUACCACUGCACACGUGAGAACUGUGGCUACAAGUUCUGCGGCCGAACCCACAUGUACAAGCAUGCACAGCACCACGACCGCGUGGACAACCUGGUCCUGGACGACUUCAAGCGCUUCAAAUCCUCACUCAGCUGCAACUUCCCCGACUGCCAGUUUUCAGGCAACAGCACCCACUUCCACUGCCUACGGUGCGGUUUCCGCUGCACCGACAGCACCAAGGUGACGGCCCACCGCAAGCACCACGGCAAGCAAGAUGUGAUUAGCGCCGCGGGCUUCUGUCAGUUCAGCUCCAGCGUCGAUUGUGAGGUUCUCGACUGCAAAUAUAAGCUCAAGUGCUCGCACUUCCACUGCACCUUCCCCGAGUGUAAGCACACGGUGGUGGGCAUGUCCCAGAUGGACUCCCACAAGAGAAAGCAUGAAAAGCAGGAGCGGGGGGAGCUACCGUCUGUGUCGCCCAAACAAGAGGCCACUCACCACCUGGGAGCAAGUAUAUCGGCGGUCCCUCCAGUGUCCAUGGCUCUUCCUACUUCCUCACCUGGUGGCCUCCAUGCGCUGUCCCAACACAUCAACAGCAGCGCUCCCUCCAUGCUCUACCCAAUCGGAGACAUGGGGUCUGACUAUAACCACCCAUACCCACCCUCCUCCAUCAGCCUGGACGGCUCCCUCAACCUGGGCACUGACACCAGUAGCUCCCUGUUCUUCCUAAAGAAUGCAGCCGGUUUGGGUCUCAGCGACUCACUGGACCUCAGCAAGAAGAUCCACCAUGACGUCGUGAGAUCCGGCCACAACUCCACACCCACUCUGGGUCUGCCGGCAGCGCAGGAUGACACGACGGGAACAUCUGGAGAAGCUGAAGACGACUUGUCGCCAGAGGAGGGGCCACACGCAGAGGAGGAGGAUGAAGACGAGGACGAGGAAGAGGAGGACCUCAACUCUGAUUCGAAUGAUGAUUCGAUGCCGGAGCCUGAUGCUGAAAAGGACAAUGAUAUGAGUUUUGAUGCUUCCGUUAACCACACUGAUACUUGCCAACUGGAAAAGCAAGACACUGACCCAUGAAAAAAAACAAAAAAAAACAAACAUAAAUCAACAGUAACUGUAGGAAGUGAAGAAAAACCCUGUGUACUAUGAACAAACAAAAAUGAAAGUGGCCUCAUUUAUCAUGUUUAGAGACUUCAGACGACAACAAACAACAGCGUGGAGAAAAUGACGGCCCAAAAAUGAUUUAUUAUGAUGUUUACAAGAUGACCAAUAUUAUUAAUUCAAUUAUGCAUUAAAAAAUAUGAACGGAGACACACAGAAUUAGGCCCUGUUUUACACACGGGGCAGCAAUGUAAAGCAUUUUACUACACAUCAGUCUUUUUGUGUGCGUGCAUGGUUGACUUUUAUUUAUUUCAAUUUUUUUCACUUUUUGUGUGUGGAAAAAAAAAAUGUUAGAAAAAAGAAAAACAAAUCUCUAUAUAACUAUAAAUGUAAGUGUGUGUGUGUGUGUGUGUGUGCGUGUGUGUGAACGGCGAUAUACAAAAGGAAAAUUGCUGGCACGGGUGACAUGAAUCACAGGGCCGUGGACACAGAAAAAGGGACGUGAAUCACUAAGGAGGGGAAACAGGAUUUGUUUCAAACAUUUGAUCUUUUUUUUUCUGUAUUAAUAUAUUAUUAUUAUUAUUAUUAUUAUUAUUAUUAUUUUUAUUGUUAGAGAUGGAGAGAAAAGGGGGGGUGACAUUUUGCUCGUUCCCAUCUCUCUCAGGUGAUUUUCUUUGUUCUCAAUGACAUGUGGAAUUGACCAGUAACUGUCUGUUUUUUUUCUUAGUCUCAGCUGCAGUCGGGGCGUCCGGCGAGUCACCAGUCUCCACAGUUCUCUCUCUGACAUUCUGCUAGAAAAUGUUCCACUAGCACCAAAUCACAGCUCAGCCCCCCGUUCAUUUCUCACCCCCUGUGGAGGAGGAAUUGAGUGUGUGUGUGGAUAGUGCACUUUUUAUUUUAGCUGACCACGGCGAUACCGGUGACGAUAGAAAACUCGUGAGCAUAUUUAAAAAAAAAAAAGAA